AUGCUGCAAACGCAAGAGUACUGCAAUGCGAUCGAAAUGCCCAUCAGACUAUGCGAACCCACGACGAUUGAUGCCAUUACUCGCAUUAUCAGCAUUGUGAGCGAUCCAGAGGCACCAUGGAAUAGUCAGGGGUCCAAGAUGCGCCCAGCACAUUUGAUUGAUCUUUUUGGCAAGUUCUACACUAGUCUGAAUCAGCUUCAACAUGUAGUCAAGUCAUUGGAGAACAGAUCUCGCCAGGCUGCCAAGAGCAUGCAAGAUAAAGUUAUUCAGAGCUGCAAGUGCGUUUUGCAGGCGCUGACAGAGGUGGCGAAUGUUGUGUUCACAUUGCCCGCAGCACGUCGCAGCUUCGAUGAUUUUUCUGAUGACGAAGACGAGGAACUUGAUGUGGCCUCAUUGACAAGCCUCUCGACGCCGUCAUUGACUGAUGACGAUCUCGAGCUUGCAACACUUCAUUCUGCAGAGUCAAGAAGUCUCUCCCUGACAGAGUCUCACUUUUAUAUACGGCGCAGCUCGGAGGCGACACGGACUGAUGGAGAGUUUGCCACGAUUCAAGCAGCAAUCCAAUGUACUUGUAAGCCUGCUUGCACGACGAAGUGCAAUCAGAAGACUAUCGAGUCCUUGGACAGCGAAUGGGCUCUUGCCUUUCUCGACAUUCAGAACCAGGAGAUUCGCACAUUACGAUCCGAGUCCUGGGCAACUAUCUCAGAUGCCGAGUCGUUCAGUAGCGCAUCCGUUGAUGGAAGCCAGUCAGGUGAAUCGAGCGACCAGCAUGAAUCCGAGGGCGAAGACGAAUUCAACGAAGGCCUCGCUUACCUCUCAUCCAUUUCACAAGUAACGCGUGCGCGCACCGUCAGCAUCACAAAAAUCCGUGCAAAACCACUUAUCCUGCAGUCUCGCUCACUUUCUCCGACUUGUCCGCGCUUUACACGGCGUCCAACCGAACCUGUCUCGCCAACGAGCAUCGACUCGGCCGCCACUGAUGUGAGUGACGACGGGCAGUACGUGCACUUCCUCGACAACAAGCCAGCGCCGAAUGAGCUCGAGCUGCUCUGGGGAAACGAUGACGGACUAUACAAUAUUCUUCACGUACCCAGGACGCUGUGCAGUGCCAAGCGAGCUGAACACGAGCGCAACUUUGGCAAGACAGAAGAAAUGCUAGUCUUUGACCGUCUGGCUCUUCAGAGCUAA